AUGCCUCUACCAACAUCUCACUCCUACUUUGAUGGAUUGUCAACUUUCAAAGUUGGAUCCUUCAUUGGGCUGGCAGCCAAGAAAAGUGCUAAUGCACUUGCAGCAAGGGCCUGCAAUAUUUUUUUUGCCUUGGUGGAUUUAAGCAGUAGUUCUUCCAUUGCUUGUGAUCAGACAAUUACCUCCCACAUAACACUUGACCAAUAUGGACUGUCUACAACCUGGUACAUACUAAAGAAGAGGUUUGAUCGUGGUUCAUAUGGUGAAGUUUGGCUGGCUUUUCAUUGGAAUUGUUCCCGAGGCAGCAAUGCUUCGACUUUGAGUAUGAAAGAAAAAGAUCUUACAUCUAACACUAUGCAUCUUGGCGUAUGUGAUGAAAAUUUUCCAACAAACUCAUCUGCUUAUGAUAUUAAUGCUGGCGCUCCUGAUGACCACAUGUUCAUUUUGAAGCGUAUAAUGGUGGAAAGAGGUACUGCAGUUUACUUGAGCGGUUUACGGGAGAAGUAUUUCGGUGAAAUUUUUGUGAAUGCUUCUGCAUUUCUGGAAGGUUCAAUAUCAGCUGGAACAUCAGAUUCUUUCUGGAAAGAAUCACAAUCAAAGUCAUAUGAAUUGUUAAAAACAAAUGAAUCAGAUCUUCAAGAAAUUGAGAACACAAUGAGUUUUGGACAUCUAUUCCUGAGAGAAAAUCGGCUGUUGAGAGAUGUCCAUGAAGAAGGUCUGAAUCAUAUUGCAAGAUAUGUCGAGUCUUUUGAAUCUCAAUCCAAUGAAAUAUGGCUUGUGUUCCGUCAUGAAGGGGUGUCCCUGUCAAAGCUUCUGUAUACUGCAGAAGAAGUAGUAAGUAAUGCUGAUGAAGAAAGGGAUGAACACGCAAAACGUGUUCAGGUGUUGCAUCCAUCAAAAUGGUGGCACUGGUUGAAGACUACAGAAGCAGGACAAGAAGAAAUGCGGAAUCUUAUUUGGCAAUUGUUGAUGGCACUCAAGUCCUGUCAUGACCGCAAUAUCACCCACAGGGAUAUCAAACCUGGUGAGGAUGCAGCUAUCCUUAACAUGGUCAUUUGCUUUGAAGAUCAGAUUUCUGGGAGAUGCUUGGAAGGAAGCCCUAAUGGAGAUAAGAAUUACACGACUAAAAUGCGCAUCAUUGACUUUGGCAGUGCAAUGGAUGAGUUCACAGUGAAGCAUUUGUAUGGGUCUGUUGGACCUUCUAGAGCUGAACAAACUUACGAGUAUGCUCCUCCAGAAGCUCUUCUAAAUGCUAGUUGGUAUCAGGGGCCAACAAGCACAACUUUGAAGUAUGAUAUGUGGAGCGCUGGUGUUGUGAUGUUGGAGUUGAUUUUAGGAUCACCAAAUGUGUUUCAGAUAAAUGCUAAAACACAUGCUCUUUUAGAUCGACACCUCGAGGGUUGGAACGAAGGCUUAAAGGAGCUCGCAUAUAAACUCAGAGCAUUCAUGGAAAUGUGCAUCUUAAUCCCUGGGAGUUCUUCAAAACCUCAUCGCACUUGGGGUACAAAUGAUCAGGGCGCAAAUUCACCAGCUUCCUGGAAGUGCUCUGAAGAUUUCUUUUCCCAUCAAAUAAAGAGCAGAGAUCCACUUAAAUUAGGGUUUCCAAAUAUUUGGGCUUUGCGGUUAGUACGCCAGUUACUACUUUGGAAUCCAGAGGAUCGACCGAGUGUUGAUGAUGCUUUGCGGCAUCCUUAUUUUUUGCCAUCUACCCAAAGACAAGGUCAUGGAAAGAUCUAG